AUGGCCGACGACCUCUACAGCAGCACCUUCUCUGCUUCUGAAUCAGACUUCCCCUCCUCCUCAUCCUCAGCAUCCGCCUCUUUCCUCACCCAGGAACAGAGGGCGGCUUUCGUCUUUGUCCUCAUCCUCUUUAUUUUCUUGGGCCUGCUGAUCGUUCGCUGUUUCCGGAUCCUUUUGGACCCGUACCGCAGCAUGCCAUCCUCCACCUGGACAGACUACAUGGAGAAGGAUACCUUCGAUUACCGGAUUUCCUGA